AUGGCUCCUCUAAUGGUACAUGGCUUUGUCCAAAUGUGGAGUAAGAAGAUGGGGCUAAGUCAAAAGAAGCAUUCAUUAAAUGUAGAUGGAAAGAAGAAAGUUAGACUGGUGGUUCAUUUUAGCACUGAAGAACUUAUUAGGGUUUUUCAGCUAAGUAAUAAUAUUAGAAGCAUUGUUCUCAGAUACUGUGGUGUAAAAGAAAGUCACCUGCAUUUAACUUUUCAAAAAAGCUUCUUGUUUAUUGACAAAUUAUCCUACAGAGGUGUCAGACAAUUGAGGAUAUUCCUGGACGAAAGUUCACAAAACAAGUUUAAACUACCCUUGAAAGCUUAUAUUGUUGGGGAACUCCUUGGCGGAACAAAAACACAAAAAGAAAUCAAUAAAACUUCAUUUUGCAAAGUUUGUAAGAAGUCAAGUAGUGGAUUUUUUGAGAAAACAAAAGGAAGUAGAACACAUGUCCAAAAGAUGCCUUCAUUUACAUCAAAAUCAUUAGCACUUGCCAGCACAGUGUUAGUAGAAAAUCAAAGAGGCAAGAGAAAAAGAAUGCUAUUAUCUGAUUCAGAGAUGAAUAACUGUAAUUAUUUAGAGAAUAAUUCUGUAUUAAGAAAGAAAUCCAAGACACAUUCCUUGAGGUAUGUAAGCCAUAUUAGGAAGGAAAAAUUGUGUUUAAAAGAGUUAAAAAAGAAUAAAUUGGAAUUUGAAACUUCAUUUCAGACAAGCUGUACUAGAGACCCUAAACUAGGAGUUACUAGUUUUAUCCAAAUUCUUUUGUACAAAAGAAGUUUGGCAUUUCUAUCAGAAACAGAGUGUAACCUGGAUAACCUUGAGUAGCAUGAAGCCAAGAUGGUCCUUGAAUUUUAUUCAGAGAAACUAUGGUCAGGCCUCCCAAAUUUGGGAAACAUCUGUUAUAUGGAUGCAGUUUUAUAGUCUUUAUUUUCAAUCCCAUCAUUUGCUGUUGACUUAUUCAAUUGGGGUUUCCCAUUGGGUAGAAUUCCCUUUGAUGCUCUCACUAUGUGCAUGGCACAGCAAGUUGUCUUGAAAGAUAUUUAUAACAUAAAAAUCAAGGAGAAGUUAUUUGUGAAUAUCAAAAAAUCCAUUUCAGUAGUUUCAGGGAUAUUCUCUGGCAACAUACAGAAUGAUGCUCAUGAAUUUUUAGGUCACUGUUUAGAUCAGAUGAAAGAAAACAUAGGAAAAAUCACAAUUUGGAAAUCUAAAAGUGAGUCCGGGGAAGAAAAUGCCCCUCAAUGGUUUUUGGCUAGUAAUGCAGUAUCCAAAGUGCCCAUUUGUCCUGUCAUCACUAAUUUUGAAUUUGAGCUGCAGUGCUCUUUUAUUUCUAAAGCCUGCGAUCAGAUUGUUCUCAAGACAGAACUGUGUAAUUAUCUCUCCAUCAACCUUUCCCAAGGAAUGAAAACACUUCCUUUGUCUAUUCAGUCCACUUUAGACCUUUUCUUGAACAGAAAUAUUGAUCAUAAUUGUGAGAAGUUUAAGCACAAGAAUUCUGUUGCAAUCCACAGAUUCAGUAGGCUACCAAGGGUCCUUAUUGCUUUAAUUUAUAGCUUUAAUGAGUUUUUGGUCCUUAAGGAAGGAUGGCCAGGAGUCAUUAUUACCAAAUAUUAAAAAUUGUCUUCUCAUUGCAAUGAAAGAACCAAACCACUUCCCCUGGGCAAGAAUGCAUAUAUUUGUGAUUCCAAAGCCGUAAGAGUCUCUCAAAAGAAGAAUUAUGAAACAAUCAAUCCACCCGCACCUUCAAGGAAGUUGACUUCAGAAUCCAAGGAUUGCUUGGCUCUACACAUUAGAUCAGACAAAGAGGCUGAACCACAAAAAUUCCAGAAGCUCUGUAAGGGGUUAAGCAGAGAACAGUACCAAAAAGACUGGGAAAAGUGUUCUAAACUGAAUAUAAUAGAAUCAGAACUGGUAAAUUUAGGAGAGUGGGCCAUCAGUGAAAAGGAGCUGCUAUCACCUGACUCAUUGAUAGAUUAGGAAGACACAUUCCUUUCUCUGAGGCCUGAAGAUAGUGGUAGACCCACCAACCCAGAAACAGAUCUUGCAAAGGUUCAUCUUCAAGAGGUACCUGAAAAUCCAGAGUUUAAGAAGAUGAAAAUCUAUGGGCAAUUUUCUCAGCAGGCAUUGCCUGGAAGCCUUCAGUAGCCAGAGGCCCAGGAGUAUAAAGAGAACCUCAGGAGACCUACAGAAUUAAGUUUCCAGGACGCUAACAUGAAUUCCAUGGGUUCAUUGUGUUCAAAUAAGAACCCUGGAAACAAAGACAUUUUAGAUAUGGAGAACAGAGAGGCUAAAGCCAAGAAACCAAAAAGAAAUGCUGAGAUGGGACAUCUUCAUAAACAUCUCAUUGGUAUUUUUAGCCAUCUUGGGAAGAGCCCGAAUUCAGGCCAUUAUAGCAGCAAUGCCUAUGACUUUGAGAGGCAAGUCUGGUUCACAUACAAUGAUCUGCAGGUAUAGAGCAUCCAAGAGGCCCCCAUGCAGGAGACUAGGCUUUGCACCACCUUCUUUUAUAUGCACAAUGAGAUCUCUGAAGAGCUAACGGAAAGGGAAGAGAACUCUUAG